UCAGCUUCGUUCAGAGCUUCCUCUAUCAACAAAUAUGGCGGACUAAUGUUUUGAGGACAGCCCGCUGUUUGAGACAGCUCAUUAAAAUUGUUCGCGACGGUUUCAACAACAUUGUUAAAGGGACAUAACUCUAGACUCAAGAUGGUCGGUUUGUUUACAAACAUUAAAAUUCGUGUCAGAGAAGGGCUUUAUUGAAGCAUAAUUAGCCAGGUAGAUCUACAUUUGUGUGAUUGAUUGAAACCUGCUUCAUCCUUCACCGUGCAGACGUUUUUCUAUAGGCCUUCGUAAGCAGGAUUUUUAUAAAGGUGUUUGUGUUAGUCUGAGCUGUUCGCUGGGGAUCUAGUUCAGGUGUGGACCACAACCUUCCAGUGGGAUAAUCAAGCCCACAGGGAUAACUAGACACACUAGGAUAAUCAAACUUAUUGGGAUAUACGCGCACGUGAGGAUUAUUAAGUCUACAGGGAUUACAAUACCAAUAGGAUACUCACACCCAUUCGGAUAAGCUAUCCCACUAGGAUAAACAAGCCAACUAGGAUAAACUAUCCCAUUCGGAUAAGCUAUCCCACUAGAUGACCAAGGACCCACUGGGUACAUGAUGGAUGUCCACUAACUCCACCCCCUACCUGCCGUAAGUGAGCACCAUGCUGACCAUCUGCCUGCUCGUCCACCUCACCCUCGGGCUGGUCACCGCUGAGGACACGGGCUGCAACUUUGACUACGAGGGCUGCACGUACAACAUCUACCUGAGCCCUAAGGACCAGGCCAACAUGGGGGGUCGGGACUGUGGGGUCAGGGACCAGCAGCUGCUGUUUGACCGGGCCCAGAACGAUUACUCCGCCAAGCUGGACGACAUGGAGAAAAAUUUCUCUUUUCUCAGGGACGAACACGAACAGAGGAUUAAAGAGCUGGAGAGCACGGUACGCGAGCUUCUGGGUCUGGACAAGAUCAGAGAGAGGGGUAAAGACGACACGGGUCAGUCGCCACUAGGACCCCUGUCAUUGGACAAUGCUGAGCUAAUGGAGAAGUUAGAGAACGAGUUCAACAAACUCCGUAAGGAGAUCCGAGAGAAAAGCGACGAGCUGCUGGACACAAAGAUCCGACUGAACGAGACAAGCACCAAGGUCCAAGAGGUCCAGCUCUCACAGUUCCAGACCAGCCAGGAUCUGCUCAACGCCGAGAACCAGAUCACCAUGUUGCUGAGAGAGAGAGCCAUCUUGAAGAAUCAGCUGAAGGACCGCUCGUACAAGCUGGAGGUCUCGGGGCAAAAGGCAGCGGAGUGUGAGAACAAGAACGUCAACCAGCAGGAGGAGAUGAUGAAGCUGUUCCGCUCAGAGAACACGCUGAAGGAGGAGCUGAUGACCGCCCAGUUGAAGCUGAACAUCACCAAGGCGGAACACGAGCAACUGGAGGCCAAACACAACGACCUCAAGGCCAAACACGAGAGGACAAAGUUCAUACUGAAGAUCAGGGAGAAGGAGCUCAUUGACUGCUACCAAGCCAAGACCAGCACCUUCUGUGGGUUCGAGGACCCUAAGCUGUGCGGCUUCACCAACAUCAACGACACCACUGACUACUUCGACUGGGAGAGGAUCCAGGGCACGACACCGUCCGGCAAAACUGGACCGUCCAAGGACCACACGUGUGAUGGCCCGACAGGUCACUUUAUGUACAUCGAGGCUUCAGCCAAAGGAAAGGGAAAUAACGCAAUUUUGUACUCUCCACUGUACCGUGGGAUGGUGGAACAAUGUGUGGAGUUCUUCUACCACAUGUAUGGCAAGCACAUAGGGACGCUGAAUGUGUAUGCACAGGCGAGGGGUGAUGUCCUUAGGUCAGUGUGGAGGGCCUACGGUAACCAAGGGGACGUGUGGACUAAUGCUAAGCUAGCCAUACCACAAGAAUUAGCUAUGGCUGGCUAUCAGAUUGCAUUUGAGGGGAUCACUGAAAGUGGUUACCAAGGAGAUAUGGCCAUUGACGAUGUCAGUGUAACCGAUGGACCUUGCCCAUUGGACCAGAGGGUUACCCCAGUCAAAGUCUCAAUCAACUCAACGUCUGUUGCAAGCGAAGGCAAAAUAUUUGCCAGGAAAAUCCGCAAGAAAACAAAGAAAGAAAGUAAGCCUAAACCAGCCCAGUAGUAAAGUGAAUUGUUUUACAACUCUGCUAUCAGCACUCACAGAGUUCUCAACAAACUGAGGAAGAGCUCUUAUGGAGUAUCUAAAUCAAGACUCAAAGCACAGAACGUUUGACAACCAAUAGCAGGUGUUUGAUAUUUAUUGUAGAUGUAACAAAGUUGUGUGGGAGAACAAUUACAGCUAUUCUCACAUUUUUUUGUACAGAUCACUUUUGUAUAACCCACAUAGUUAGCACAGUGUGAAGUGUUUAUGACAUUUUAUCAGCCAUUUUAUUCUCUCCUAAAUGAAUGUUUAUUUUAACAGCCAGCAAAGUCAUGUGCAAUUGAAUUCUAACUCAGGCUGUCAACUCUAGGUAUCAUCUUGUAAAGUAGACACAUUUUUAUACUGCUAUUAAUCACUUUACACCUGUUUCUUGGUUCAUCUGAUGACUCAUCUCUAAGUAAACAAAUAGCAUAGAUUAGCCUGGGAAUUAUGGCAGGUUUAGUGUGGUAUGUAUUAGCAUUCGUUUAUAAGGCCUGGUAUAAAAAUAAAUCAACUGGCCUGUUCAACAUGGAAAGCUAUAAAAACAAGUAAAUCAAAUCAAUUGUUCACUUCAGAAAUUAUCAUACAAUAGACACAGGUCAUUAGAGUCAUAGAAUGUCCUUAGAGUCAUAGACAUAGUCUCUUUUGACUGUUAACUAAAACACACACAAAUUAACUGGGGCAAACUAGAACCUAAGUAUGUUGCAUAUAAUAACCCAAAGAAAAUAAAGCUAAGUCUUUCUCUUUUUAAUUUUUUGGACUAUUUGUCUUUUUCUUGUUUGACUUGCAACUAUGUAUUUAAAUGUAUUUCAACAAAAACACAAAAACUUUGUAUUCUCUAGGUUUCUUUAGGGGUUUUGAAAUUUAAAAAAAAAAAAUUUUACUGACUAAACUGCAAUCUAUUUCAUUAAAAAAAAUUUUUUAGUGUGACUGAUGCUUAACAAUUAUGUAACCUGCUUUUCUAGAAGACCUUUUAAACUUUAAUUUCUGAACCCCCAAUGGACACAAGCGAGAAAAGUCUCAAAGGUAUUUGAGAGGUACAUAAAUUAAUUUAAAAAUCUUGCACGUCGUAGUUACAAUUAAUAUGGUUAUAAAAUUAUGUCUGUCUGGUUUUUUUCGGACUUUACUAAAGAUUGGACGUAUUUGAUGUUUUUAAUAUUUUCGGUAACUAAAUAAAAAUUUAAAAAAAAGCAAAAACAAUUUGGUUUUCACGUGUAAUGGCGACAUAAACAAUGGCAUCCUGCUAUUGGAUAGGCCGACAUAAUUUUAUUGUACACAUUGUAAGCUAAAAAUAGAAAACUAGGUCAUGGGGUUUUAAAUUUGCAUUGUUAUUUAAAAACUUGAUCUGCAAAGUUUUGUAAACAAAUAGUCAUCGAUCGCUAAGUUACUGUACAGCCAAUCAAUAUUUGUCUUACGAAAGUGAAACAUCCGGUUAUAACUUAGGCUUGAUGAAAAUAAAUAGAAAUGUAGCCUUAAACUCAACAAAUUAUUUUCAAGUUCUCUGGAUUUGCAACUUUUAUAGCAUUUAUUCUAAAAAUAUAAAAUUUCUAAAUUAAUUUUAGGCUUAAGUUUUUAUUUUUUAUUUUUUUUUACGGUCUAAAUCUAAAAAGCACGUUUUUAUUCCAUGUCAACAACACUAUGGAAGGAAUCUCAUCAACUCGCUUGUCUCCAUUAAAUUUUAUGUCAUUUCUUUUGUAAAUAAACAGAUCUCUUAUUUAAUUUCAAUAAGAUUUAAUAAUUUAAAGUAUCAUUUUCUUCCCCAAUAAUGUACACUGUUAUUUCAGUUGUGCCUUAUUGUUCAGCCCACAUGUAUACACUAAACUGCAGAUGUUAACACAUUUCUCUAAACUGUGCAUGUUAUUUGUAUGCAUUGUUAGAAAAUAUAUUCAUGCACAUUGUUAAUUGUAAAUAAUCCUAACAGUUUCAAUCUAUUACUUAGCACUACAUUGUAUGAUUUUGUUGUAUGUUUAUAGCUGUGUAUGUUAAACUUUUUAUAGUAUUGUUUAACUCUACCCAGCGCUAUUUAACAUCAAUAAGCUCUCAUAUUCUGGUCAAAUUAGAUUUUGUUGUAAUAAAUCUGAAACUAGUG